UCCCAGAAGGUUGUGGCCUUCCCUAACGGAAACCGGCCGUCGGAGGACGCGUUGAGGCUGCCCCGAAAUCGGAUGGUUCCGGGUUUGAGAUGGCAGCCCUGUACGGCAGUGAGGUGAAAUGCGUCAGCGUGGAAUGGGAUUUCCUGCAAGGCUUAUUAGUGAAGAACCAGCCGGUGCCUUGCCUCCAGGCCCUGCGCAAGGAGAAGUCCCGAAACGCUGCACGCUCCCGCCGGGGCAAGGAGAACUUCGAGUUCUACGAACUGGCCAAGAUGCUGCCGCUGCCCGGAGCCAUCACCAGCCAGCUGGACAAGGCCUCCAUCGUCCGGCUCACCAUCAGUUACCUCAAGAUGCGCGACUUUGCCAACCACGGAGACCCGCCCUGGACCCUGCGGGCAGAAGGGCCUUCCCCGCCUGGCAAAGCUGCUGGCCGGAGGAAUGUGAACACCCUGCUAACAGAGCUCUUUGAACAGCACUUAGGGGGCCACAUUCUGCAGUCUCUGGAUGGGUUUGUGUUUGCGCUGAACCAGGAGGGAAAAUUCCUUUACAUCUCCGAGACGGUGUCUAUUUACCUUGGGCUCUCGCAGGUGGAGCUGACGGGGAGCAGCAUCUUUGAUUACGUCCACCCUGGAGACCACCCUGAGGUCGCUGAGCAGCUGGGCCUGAAGCCUCCCUCGGAGACGUCUCACUCGACGCGCCAGAAAGCACCCGUUCUGGCCGCUGCCACCUCUUCUUCUGGGCUGACGGAGACCUCUGAAUCUGAUCAAGCCAGCUCCCAUCCUGCUGAGGGCGACGCUUUGGACCGCUCCUUUUUCAUCCGUCUGAAAUCCACGCUGACCAAGAGAGGGCUUCACGUGAAAACUUCCGGCUACAAGGUAAACAAGCCGGAGUGCAAGAGCACCGUGCUGGACAUCUUCCAGCUGCCUGGGAUCCCUGCGAGGCAGACAGAGGCCGUUGAGGUGGGGCCGGAAUUCAAAGGUGCCGUUUUAAGCUUUCAGGGGCUUGGGACCCCGGAGGAACUGAAGGAUUGCCUCCUCCUGCGUGUUUCUGCCCUGCAUGCUCCAGUCAUCUUCUCACACCAGGGAUCCCUCAUCCCCAUGAAGCACAGCGGGCAGUACCAGGGGAAGGACUUUUUGCGUUAUGGCCCUGACCUUGUGGCACAUGCCCUGCCAUUGGUUUUUUCCCCCCCGUCUCCCCACCUGAUUUCCCUUUCAGAGAGCAGCCUUGCCAAAGAGAGCAGCCAAGGGAGGAAGCUUUACUCCCCCAGCAAACGCAGCUCCCUAGCUGAGGCGUUCCCCCGGAGUGUGGCAGAGGCUGGUGCCCGGUGCCGCCUGGCAGAGACCGAUUCCAGUGGCCCCGAAACGAGCUACCGGGAGGAGGAGCUGUCAGACGCAGGCGCCGGGAGCGACACCGAGGGACCGCCCAGCAAGCGCAUCAAGCUGGAGUUCCAGCCAGAGAGCCCCCCGCGGGAGGCAAAGGAGGCCAGCUCCGAGGAGUCAGACAGUGGCAGCGAAUCUGAGCUGGGCCUCCUCUCGCAGCAGAGGGCGCCCCUGGCAAGGAAAGCCAAUGGCUGCAAGGCCGGGGAGCGGAGGAGCGCAGGGCCCGGCCGCCCCUGCACAUCGGAGUUUGCCUCUGUCAUACAGACUCAGAAUAGCUCCGUUCUGAAAGCCAGCCCAGCACUUAGCAUUAAAUCUGAGCAGCCCCCAGGUGCCAAGGGAGCCCCCUGGACCUGUCCUGCCGCCCAAAAGGGCAGCCCUUACACUGUGAACAAAGCACUUAGCUUAGAGAAGUCCUCUCUGCGGCCAGCCUCUUCUCACCUGUACGUCUCCAUCCCGGACUCUGUGCUCACCCCGCCCGAGAUGGAGAGCGGCGCCCCGAAAGGGCCGUUCGGCACCUCCCCCCGGACCAUCCCGGCAGCCUCCUCUUCGGCGGACACUCUCUCGCCCCCGCUCUCGGGCUCCCCGUGUGAGGAGAGGGCCACCUCCACGCCGUUCACACCGCUCCUCUACCCUGCCGACAUAGAGGUGCUGCAACGGUUCCACGCGGGCAACGUGGUUGUGCCACUGGUGCACCAGCUCAGCAGCCCGCACGCCAGCACGUCCGGCUCGCAGGGCCUUUACGCCACCAGCACGAUCCGGUACGCCCCUGCCGACAUGACGCUCGGCAUGCAGAGCAACAUGCUGCCGCCCUCGCACCCCAUCAACCUCAUGGACAUCGGCAGCGCCGAGGCCAAGACGUCCCGGGAACUUAUGUAUCACCACCUGCAGCGGCUGAACAUGGUCGCGCCGUUCGGGAACUCGGCAGGCUUGGCCCAGAUUUCAGGGGGAGCCUUUGCUGCGACGGACUCCUUGUUUUCCACGCUGCCCUUCUCGAUGGCUGGCAGCGGGGUCCAUGGUGCCUCGGCUUUGGAACGCAAGGAGGACUGAGUCCAUGGCCAAACUCUGUGCUGGGCAGAGCCAUCAAUAAAAGGUCCUGUGUGCCCCUUUUAGAGGAAAGCUCAGUGCCAACUUCCCUGCCACCGGGGGAAGAAAUCUUUGUUCUCUAACAAAUCCCUGUGUGUCUCAUCUUUUCAUGGCACCCCUUUCUAAACCUCUGGCAGAUUAGUAGCGUGACCAUCUCCUCAGCAGUCUUGUGUUCCACUCUUGCUCCUUGCCUGGCCACCCAGAUGCUGCCGUUUGAAACUGCUGUUCUUGUUGCGGAACGAAUUCAGGCGUUAGCCCAGUGCAAAUGCCGAGUUCAGGAGUUUAACCCAAGGCAAAGUCGGUGCAACUUUCCUGGGAAAGAUGAAAGAGGUAUCCUACAUUCGUUCUUGUCCGUCUUCCUGCUGCUACAAGUUGACUUCCUUCCUCCGCCAUAUUUGCUGGGGACUUUGGGGUGGGGUUUUUUAUUUGUAUGUAUGGGGGUUGUGUUUAGGCCCUGCAGGUUUAUCUGUUGAGAGGACCACCUGCCUGCUAGCCAAGGCUAGUGUAACUCAAAAGAAACCUGCACAUGAGGAGCAGGGUGUCAUGUGAUUACAUCAGUGUUAUCACUUUUGCUUUUGUUCUGUCCACACUGCACUAUCCCUUACAGCACAGCAAUUGCUCGAAAGUCCGGCUCCGAAUUAUAAACAAGAAAUCCAGGUGUGGCAAGUAUAUCUGAGUGAAUCAACCCUUUGGGCACUCCCCUUAUCUCGUAUAGCCUCACCUUCGUCAUGCUUCUCCCUUCUGCAAAUAAUGGAUUAAUAGCUUAUAUGUUUUCUCCUGUGUGCUCAGAUCAGACGGGAAAGAUUACUGAAGCUGUCUUAACUGCCCUGUUGCCAAGGGUUCUGCCACCAGUCUUAAGUGAAAUGUGGGUGCCAACAGGUGAUGGCUAAUUUCCCAGUGGUUAAAACUUCUGAAAGUGAAGGAAGAUGCAGUGUGGAUGAACUAAUAAUUGAGCAUGGACAGUUCUAAACAGUUAACAGGGUGCUGAUUCUGUUCUUCUAAUUACCAGGUGUUAAGACUUCUCAUCCGCCCAUUUGUCUACCAGUGGCUGUUGUAGCAAAAUGGAAAUUGUGUGUGCAGAGGCAGUCUACCAGAGUGACAGAUUGGGGGUGGGGUAGAUUGGGAGAACCAUCACCACCACGCCGUUCCUAGAAGGUUCUGCCUGGCCACUGUUGGGAGGUGGGGGUGGGGGAAAUGGUUGACAAGGUGCACCUCUUUGUGGUCCAAUCCUGCAAGGUCCCUUGUUCCUCUCAUCACUGUGCAAACAAGCUGUUGCUUUGAUCCUGUACUCAUUAGGAAAAAAGCUUCCACCAUUGAGACCCCUUGGGACAUGAAAAGAACCUUUUCCAUCCAGAGCCCGAAAUGCAGGCCAGAAAAGGGAUGGAAACAGGUACCGUAGGUCAUCAUCGUAUGUGAUGACAGCACUUAAGGUGGUAAAAAAUGUUACGCCAUAACUUUUAGCACUUAUUCAGAAUAAAGACUACUUGUACAGUUCGGUGGGAAAGGGUGGGUGGGGGGAAACCCACAGCGAGACAGUAGCACUUGGAUGAUGUGGUAUUUUUCUGUGUAACUCAUCGCUAAAGAUCUGUGUGUGCGUGCGUUUUUUUCUUUUAACAAUCUACGGUUCUCGUUGGAUAGAUGAAUGUAGUUUCCACUGUUCACUUGUUCUUGACAUUUUGCUGCUUCUUUUGGCGAUCUGGGGUUUCAGAGAAAAUGAAAAUAAAUGGGACUCUGUUCCUGCCUAAAAAGA